CGCAGUCGCAGCAGUAGCAGUAGCAGCAGAAGACAGGGAGAGGUUUUGCUGCAGUGCCUGCUACAGAGGAUUGGCUGAAAGCGCCGCCGAGGAGCAGACGCGUCUCGCUUGCGAUGCCCAUUGCUGUCCGAUCUGCCCGGAGCCUAUAGCAACAAGCAGCCCCCCGGUCCCUUCCAUUCCCCCUCCCCAGGCAGAGGGGCUGAGAGCCGGACAAGGCUGCUGGGAGAUGUGCGGAGAUAGCGCAUGUCUCAUCCUCUCCCGGCGCAGCCACUAGACGCUCCCUCCGACAGCGACUCCACCAUCUUUGCAUGUGCAACACUGGCAGCCGGACAUCAUCAGCUCUCCCGGGGGCUGCGGGAAACAACAUGCCCAGGACGGAUCGCUGCUACUGCUGUCGCUGCUACUGCUGCUAGACCCGCUGCGACUGCUUCCUUGCUAGUGGUUUUUUUAGCCUUGUCGCCCUCGAUGCGUCUCAGCGGCGUCUAGACGGAGAGAAAGAGAAGAGAAGAUGCGGAUGAUUUGCCAGCAGAUGGUCCUGUUCUUCUCUGGCUUUUGGGGGCUGGCGAUGGGAGCCUUUCCUAGCAGUGUGCAAAUAGGUGGACUUUUCAUUCGAAACACAGAUCAGGAAUAUACCGCUUUUCGGUUAGCGAUUUUUCUCCACAACACCAGCCCCAACGAAUCAGAAGCACUUUUUAAUUUGGUUCCUCAUGUGGAUAACAUAGAAACGUCCAACAGCUUCGCUGUCACCAAUGCCUUUUGCUCCCAGUAUUCAAGAGGAGUUUUUGCCAUUUUUGGACUAUAUGACAAGAGAUCAGUACACACCCUGACCUCAUUCUGCAGCGCCUUGCACAUCUCCCUCAUCACACCAAGUUUCCCCACCGAGGGUGAAAGUCAGUUUGUACUGCAGCUCAGACCAUCGUUACGAGGUGCUCUCCUGAGUUUGCUUGAUCACUACGGGUGGAAUCAUUAUGUCUUUCUGUAUGAUACAGACAGGGGAUAUUCAAUACUUCAAGCAAUUAUGGAAAAAGCGGGACAAAACGGAUGGCAAGUUAGUGCGAUAUGUGUGGAAAAUUUUAAUGAUGCCAGCUACAGACGCCUGUUAGAAGACUUGGAUCGAAGACAGGAAAACAAGUUUGUAAUAGAUUGCGAAGUUGAAAGACUUCAGAACAUUCUAGAGCAGAUUGUCAGUGUUGGAAAACAUGUUAAAGGCUACCACUAUAUCAUUGCAAACCUGGGAUUCAAGGAUAUUUCACUUGACCGGUUCAUGCAUGGGGGGGCCAAUGUUACUGGAUUCCAGUUGGUAGAUUUUAAUACCCCAAUUGUAACUGAACUAAUGCAACGAUGGAAAACCCUAGACCAACGAGAGUACCCAGGAUCAGAAUCCCCGCCUAAGUACACCUCUGCCCUGACGUACGAUGGCGUGCUAGUAAUGGCCGAAGCUUUCCGUAUUUUACGAAGACAAAAAAUUGACCUUUCAAGAAGAGGAAAUGCAGGCGACUGUCUUGCUAACCCAGCUGCUCCCUGGGGUCAGGGAAUCGACAUGGAGAGAACACUGAAACAGGUUCGCAUUCAGGGUUUAACUGGAAAUAUACAGUUUGAUCACUACGGACGGAGGGUGAACUAUACUAUGGAUGUUUUAGAGUUGAAAAGUAACGGCCUCAGAAAGAUUGGUUACUGGAACGAUAUGGAUAAACUGGUCUUACUUCAACAUGAACCAGCCUUCAAAAAUGAUUCUUCGGGGAUCGAGAACAGGACUGUAAUCGUCACCACAAUAUUGGAAGCCCCUUAUGUAAUGUACAAGAAAAACCAUGAACUGCUGGAAGGAAAUGAUAAGUUUGAAGGAUAUUGUGUAGAUCUGGCUUAUGAAAUUGCAAAACACAUUGGUAUCAAGUAUAAAAUUGCCAUUGUCCCUGAUGGAAAAUAUGGAGCAAGGGAUUCAGAAACAAAAAUCUGGAAUGGGAUGGUGGGAGAGCUUGUUUAUGGGAAGGCUGAGAUUGCGGUUGCCCCUUUGACCAUCACUUUGGUUCGAGAAGAGGUCAUUGAUUUUUCCAAGCCCUUUAUGAGUUUAGGGAUUUCUAUUAUGAUUAAGAAGCCUCAGAAAUCUAAACCAGGAGUGUUUUCGUUUUUGGACCCUUUGGCUUAUGAGAUCUGGAUGUGCAUAGUUUUUGCCUACAUUGGUGUGAGCGUAGUCCUUUUCCUGGUAAGCAGAUUUAGCCCCUAUGAAUGGCACACAGAAGAACCAGAAGAUGGGAAGGAAGGACCCAGCGAUCAGCCUCCAAAUGAAUUUGGCAUAUUUAAUAGUCUUUGGUUCUCCCUUGGAGCCUUCAUGCAACAAGGAUGUGAUAUAUCGCCUAGAUCUCUGUCAGGUCGCAUUGUUGGAGGAGUGUGGUGGUUCUUUACCCUCAUAAUUAUCUCAUCUUAUACUGCCAAUCUGGCUGCUUUCCUAACGGUUGAGAGGAUGGUGUCUCCAAUCGAGAGCGCAGAAGACCUUGCCAAACAAACAGAAAUCGCAUAUGGAACACUCGACGCAGGGUCAACAAAAGAAUUCUUUAAAAGAUCGAAAAUCGCUGUGUAUGAAAAGAUGUGGACCUAUAUGAAAUCUGCGGAGCCAUCGGUUUUCACAAAAACAACAGCGGAGGGAGUAGCUCGCGUUCGGAAAUCCAAGGGAAAGUUUGCCUUCCUCCUGGAGUCCACCAUGAACGAGUACAUCGAGCAGAGAAAGCCUUGCGACACGAUGAAAGUUGGAGGAAAUCUGGAUUCCAAAGGAUACGGAGUGGCAACCCCCAAGCAUUCUCAAUUAAGAACUCCUGUAAACCUUGCCGUUUUGAAACUCAGUGAGGCAGGCGUCUUAGACAAGCUGAAAAACAAAUGGUGGUACGAUAAAGGUGAAUGUGGACCCAAGGACUCUGGAAGUAAGGACAAGACAAGCGCGUUAAGCCUGAGCAACGUUGCGGGAGUUUUCUACAUUCUGGUUGGAGGCCUGGGCUUGGCAAUGCUGGUGGCUUUGAUAGAGUUCUGUUACAAGUCAAGGGCAGAGGCGAAACGAAUGAAGCUGACCUUUUCUGAAGCCAUAAGAAACAAAGCCAGAUUAUCCAUAACGGGGAGCAUAGGAGAAAAUGGCCGCGUCCUGACUCCCGACUGUCCGAAGGCCGUACACACUGGAACUGCAUUAAGACAAAGUUCAGGAUUGGCUGUAAUUGCAUCGGACCUACCAUAAAAACCAAAUAAUUUAUUGAGUGCCUUAAUAAAACACUGGUGGUGAGUGAUUGGAAUACAGCACAGACUGUGACUUACAACAUGGGAAAAUCACUGAUGACCUAGUAAUAUUACUGAGAGCGGGAAGUACGUCCAAAUGCGCCAAACUUCAUCAGCAACAAUGUGUGCAUGAGUUCUGCUCGGAAACCCAAACUCAGAUUUUAUAUCAGGAAAAAAAAUGCAUAAUUUAGUUUUAUGGGGGGGCGGGGAGGGGUUGGGAAAGAGUGUAUUAGCAACAACAAAUUUAUCUCGAAGGAACAAAUACAUAAAAAAAAGACUCGUCAGUUAGCUCCUAAAACUGUGAAGACCAUGAUGAGAACGGACAAUACUUUAUGUUUUAACACAGAUGGAAAAUAGCUAUAGAAGUCAAUGACAUUACUAACCGCUAUCUCGAGAAACUCCAUACGUAAAACGGAUUUUAAAAGGAAAAAUCCGAUUGUUUAAAUAGAUCUCUUAAGGAAAAAAAAAAACAAAAAAACUGUGAUACAAUUAAUAAACAUGUAAAUCCUGUGAAAAAUAAAUUAUUUACAUUUUUCUUUGGAAGAAAAAAAAAAAGAGAAUAUGACAUGCUUGCUUUUUAAACUGAUGUAAAUGAAAUUAGAGUACAACGCGGUUCUUUUUUCUAACCAUCGUAGGAAACAAUUUCAUCGCAAUAAGUACAAUUUCCAUCGCUGUAAUAAAACAAAAACAAAAAUCAGAACUAUUUUUAAAUAAUAUUUGUGGGUCAACUUUUCAAUUUCAUUGAUUCCCAUUCUAUGUUCCACGCGUAUGUAACUCUUGCAUUCCAUGGCCAGGUCAUGAAAGUAGGGUUGCCACCCAGGGGCGGGCCAAGCCAACCGGGCGCCCUAGGCAACCCGGUCGGCCAAUUGCCCCUAGUGCCUAGAUCGGUCAUUGCCUUCGCCGCUAAUGACAAGCGGGGGAGGCAAUGACAAAGUAGCACUAGGGGUAGGCAGGAGAGGCUCCUGCCUGGCGCCCCUCAAUCGUUGCGCCCUAGGCAGCUGCCUCUUCUGCCUACCCCUAGUUCCGGCCCUGUUGCCACCUGUCCGGUUCUGACCCGGACAGCCCAGUUUUUGGACCUCGUGCCCAGUUUCCCAGAUUAUGAAAACUGAGCAGAACUCAAUAACAUUGACGUGACGAUCGGGCAAUCGCUGAUCAUACACAUCAUAGCCCCACCCCUGUGAUGUCACAGCCCUGCCUCCACCCCACAACAUCACUGCCCCACCUCCUUCCCGCCCCCGUGACAUCACCCCUGCCCGGCUAAGAAAGCUGGUAGAGGUGGCAACCCUACGAAAGAUAUGUUAGCAAGUCCACAGAGGCAAUGGGUCAUUCCAAAACGAAUUAUUUCUAAUCUUGUUCUCUGUAAGAAACAAUGUUUUUGUACCCACCAAAAAGAAUUAAAAAAAAAAAGAAAAACAUGGCCUAAAUUAUAUGUUAAAAAAUGGGGGUGUUCAGAAUGGUGUUUAGAAGCCCUUGAAAGAAGCAAAGUGUCUUACUGAAUCAGGCAUGUCUGAAGUGAAGAAAACAAUUAUAAUUUGACAAAUCAGGGUUUUGUUUUUCUUUUUUUAAUAAUCACUGUGAUCUGUUUGAUACACCUUUGCCAUCUUUCUGUUUAUUUGUACUGUAAAUCUAUCAUAUUUUUUGACUGUAAUCCACAUUUAUUCCCUGCUAUACCAUGUACUUUAACACAAAGAUGUUGUAUUGUUGAAGGUUGUGUGAUGUUUUCAUUUAAGAAAAAAAAGUCAAGGUCCCCUUAAAAAAAUACACUUUUUGCAACUUUG